AUGCUCACCAAAACCUCAGUUGGCGAUGCUUCUUCCUGCGCACAUGGAUGGAAGCCGAGUACGAUGAAGGCCCCUGUCCUGAUCUCAUUCGCCAUCUCAUCAGUCGUCAUCAUUGCCCUACUCGAGUUCCUUGCAGAGAGAAGCCAAAAGCUGGGCGGCCUAUCUCUGGUUGACGAAGCCGACGAAAUCCCCUCCGCCGUUAAUCUCACCUACCUCUACCUCCCUACCAUCAUUGCGGUCCUUUACAGUUUGGUGUGGAGCUGGAUCGAUCUCGACGUCAAGCGGAUGCAGCCGUGGACAGAAGUGUCCAAGCCGGAUGGUGCAACCGGUCGACGGUCAGUCUUUCUAGACUAUCCAGUCGACUUUGUAGCAUUCGUUCCCUUCAAAGCUGCGAAACAAAGGCAUUGGGCAGUUUUCUAUUCAGGAACUGUCAUGGUUCUGAUCUUCUGGAUGAUCACUCCCCUUCAGAGUUCAAUUCUAGGGAAUGGCCCCGUGCUGAUGAACAAAACGGUCACCAUGUCGGCACCGUCCAUGUUCAUGGACUCGUUGACACAAGCCACCUACAUGGACCAGUCUGUGAUGAACUCUGGGUACGCUAUGGCCUGGCUCGAACGGUCCUAUCCCCCCUUCACGACCCCCGACUAUACAUUGAUGCCAUUUCAGCCAGCAGAGUCCGUUCAAGGUAACGUAGCCAACUAUUCCGGCAUUACUACGAAGUAUUGGACGGAUUUAAAGUGCUGGCCAGCUGAGAUAGAGCAUAAGCCAAAGAUGGUUGACGGGUACUACAACUUCAUCAACGGCAUGGGAUGUAAUGCGUCUUCGAUUCCCGCCCACAGCACAAGAAACGAGCACCAAAUGAUGUACAUUGGCUAUCAAGACAGCGCCUGGGGGGAGCUCGCACUCAGCUGGACCUGCUCAGACAAAGCGUUCAAUCAAUUCCUCGCAACCUGGGGCCGAUUCGAUAAUAUCACGGGCGCAAGAGACAUGCAAGCACUGUUCUGCGAAACUUCUUACUAUAAACAAAAUGUGUCAGCCCUGGUUCUGCUGCCUGGAAACGUUCCCGUCGACGAUCAGAUUACGCCCCUAUCGCCUCCUGAGCCACUUCAGGUGACGGAGUUCAACAGCUCUGCGUUCGAAUACCUCGUCGGAAAUGGAAUGUCAUCAGUCGAUGUGCCUCGGGAUUGGCCGUUUUCGCAUCUUCUGGACUUUUACACUCGUUUGACCGAUUUUGGACUGCCUUAUCCGUUCUCUCCGAUGAUGGGACUCAUGGUCGGUAUGAACAACUACACCGUCGAUGCAUACCGGAACACGACCUUGAUGGGAGAAUCGUACCGCUCGGCUCACAAGAUGAUGUUCUCUAUGGCCUUUCACACAAUGCUUGUGAAUAAUACGAGUCCGCACCUGGCAGACGGAAACGCCUUCGUGGUGAAGUAUGGCAUCAUCGUCAGCCGCGUCUUCACAGCCCUGGUGGAAGGAGGGCUUGCUCUUGUGGCCGUUCUCACUCUGGUAUUGUUAUGGGUCUGCCAUGGAAACCCAACCUUGCUGUCAUCGGAUCCCGCGUCGUUGGGUUCACUUAUAGCUCUGGUCCAGAAGAGUCCGCGCCUGCUGAGCAAGUUCAACGGCAAAGGAAACCUAACUGCCGACCAACUCAAAGACCAGCUCGGUGACUGUACGUUUAAGCUAACGUGUAGAUGCCAAGAUGCUUCUGGAGCGACAAAGCUUGAGCUACUGGAAAUACCUAGUCAAGCACAGACAGGACUAUCACAGACGAACUCCGGCCAAGCUGGGUCAGACCAGACAGGUCAUUAUCUGCCAAUCAAGCCAUUUGCUCUGCGGAAGGUUGUUGGGGUUUUAUUUGCGGUGUGCUUAUGCGCAGCUGUCGCCGUUUUCUCAUAUCUGCGACAUCAGGAUACCGUCCUAGGAGGUCUUGUGCGCCCUUCACCGAAUUUCGAAGUCAAUCAACUCUUGACUAGCUACCUACCCACGAUAUUCUCCACAUUGGUCGAGCCAUUCUGGGUGAUGCUGAACAGAUACCUAUGCCUCUUACAGCCGUUUUACGACCUCACAUCUGGGCGCGGGACCGCCAGACGAACGAUUAAGGCUCGAUAUACCGCGUUGCCUCCGCAGCUUGCUCUCUGGCGAGCAUUCCGAUCCGGCCAUCUCCUCCUAGGUGCCAUUUGCAUAAUUGCUCUCCUGGCCAACGUUCUAGCAGUAGGGCUUGGUGCGAUAUUCAACGACAAUCCCAUCCAAAAAGUGUAUCCCGUGGUCAUGUUGCCUCAAAAGCAAGCAAGGCUGGAUGAAAAGGGGCUGAACUCUUUCAACCACGGCAAGGUCCAGCUGGUGCCGACUGAUUACGAAGACCCCGAAUACAACAUCAUGGCGAACAUGUCCUACGGAGCUCCUUUACCACCGUGGACGACCUCCGAGUUUACCUAUCUCCCAGUCAACAUCACGUCCGACACCCCACCAUCAGACGACGAUGAAUAUACCGUCGUGACGACGGGCUUUGGUGUUGAGCCUAAUUGUAUAUCGAUGGGCAACAUAAUCACACAGGACGUGCCACCAACGGUCAAUACGUCGUUUGGCCGAACAGAUCCCCUACCAGAAGGUUGUGCCAAAGAGUACGUGAUAGAGAAUUUGCCACUCAACCACACAAUGUUCACCAAUUUCACGGGACGGGCAGCAGCGGAGGUUGCAAGCAGCAUGCAAACUGGUUCAGGUGGAGGUGGCUCGAAUAUAACAGACUGCCUGCAGUCUUUUCUUGUGGGAUUUUCCAGAUCAGAUAUCACGAAUGAUUCCACUGGGACGCUGAACACGUCUCUUGUCGUGUGCCACCCAGCAUACAAAGUGGCAGACUUCCGAGUCAUAUUCGACAGUGCGGGAUACAUAAAGAAUGCAACACCAGUCAGCGACUUCACAUCUUCGAUACCAUACCCAGACUCAUACACACACCUACCAAUUAUUAGCGAUCUCUUCAGUCGUCUGCAAGAUACAGGCUCUCGCUGGCACAACGACUCUGUCACCCAUGGGUGGGUAAUGUACAUGAUCAAGCUGUUCAGCGGAAACGCAGAGCUUUUUGAUCCUGCGAUGCCCACGCCCGAACCCGAGCAGUACCUGGACACCUUGACAAGCGUCUACAAGGCGCUGUUUGUGAUCCAUGUAACUCUCAACCAAUACGUCUUUACGGAUGCAGAGAAUGGAACCACCGUCAUAGGGAACCGGACAGUAACCGAGACACGGAUCUUCGUCUCGUCAACGGCGUUCAUCACCAGCACGACGAUUCUCGGCCUCUACAUCCUCAUGGUUUUCUUCUUCUAUGGAUGGGGCGUCACGUUUUUUCUUCCGCGGAUGCCCACCAACAUAGGUUCGCUUAUUGCGUAUAUCGCGCCCAGCAAGCUGACUCGCGAGUAUGGCGAGAGCGAGAGCGAGGGCGAAGAGGACGUGGUAAAGGACGGCGAGGUGGUCCCGAAGUACAGCUUCGGGCGAUUUGUCGGCAGCGACGGAAAGGCGCAUAUCGGCAUCGACUAUUCAGACAGGGUGGUGCCGGUGAAUCCGACCUCCCUAGAGAGAGGAGAUACGAGGCAGGGUCCGGGGUUUCUGAAGAGGAGGUUGAUGGGUGAGAAGAGGUUGAAUGGGCAUGAGACAGGAAAUUGGUUAUAA